UGCGGGCUGAGGUGAUGUAGCGCGGAGGGGAAUCCGUCGGCCGAGCGUCCCUCUCCCUGCCCGCGCCGGGGCCGCUCGGAGGCACCGAAUUCCAGGGGCUCCCGCCCCUCGGGGUUCCUCCUCCUGCUUCUGGAGGGGACUGGUUGGCGCGAAGCGAUUGGCGAUCCCGGACGCGAUCCCGGCCUUGGCUCCUCGCGCCGCGCCGGGUGAAUGGCCGCGGGCGGAGGAUCGGGAGGCGCCGGGCGCAGACCAAUCGCGGCCGCCGGUGGGAGUAUUUGUUAUUCACAUGGAAGACACUUGGCGCCGGCCGGGCCAGCUCAGCCCCCUCAGCCCAGAGACCAGCCACAAGUGCGGCCGCGGUGCUUGCCUCACGCGGCGGCCGUGGCGGCGCUGACAUGGAGCUGCGGGCCCCCCGCGGGCUUCCUCACCGCGCCCUCUGCGGGGAGCAGGGAAUAAUUCUGCUACAGGGCUGACUUCAAGGACGUGAAUUGUUGACCUCAUCCCACCUUCAGAACCUCAGCUGUUAUUCUAAUUUUUGCACCAUUCCAGGCAAGUUGACUUUAUAUGGAAAUAAAAUUGAACCUUAGGGGUCUGAUGGAAAUUCACUGUGACAUUGAAAUCAAGAAAACUUGCUGAAACCCACAGAGCCUUUUCCCCCAUGGGCCCUGAUGGUAGCCUCCAGAAGGUGCAACCUCUGGUGGUGCCCCUUCUUCUGUGGCAAGAAUAAACUCUGGGUCUUGGGUUGCAACACCACCUGUGGAGAAAAUGGUAUGCGAGGGAAAGCGAUCAGCCUCUUGCCCUUGUUUCUUCCUCCUGACGGCCAAGUUCUACUGGAUCCUCACAAUGAUGCAAAGAACUCACAGCCAGGAGUAUGCCCAUUCCAUACGAGUGGAUGGGGACAUCAUUUUGGGGGGUCUCUUCCCUGUCCACGCAAAGGGAGAGAGAGGGGUACCUUGUGGGGAGCUGAAGAAGGAAAAGGGGAUCCACAGACUGGAGGCCAUGCUUUAUGCAAUCGACCAGAUUAAUAAGGACCCUGAUCUCCUCUCCAAUAUUACUCUGGGUGUCCGGAUCCUUGACACGUGCUCCAGGGACACGUAUGCUUUGGAGCAGUCAUUAACAUUCGUGCAGGCAUUGAUAGAGAAAGACGCUUCUGACGUGAAGUGUGCUAAUGGAGAUCCACCCAUUUUCACCAAGCCUGACAAGAUUUCUGGUGUCAUAGGUGCUGCAGCAAGCUCCGUGUCCAUCAUGGUUGCUAACAUUUUAAGACUUUUUAAGAUACCUCAAAUCAGCUAUGCAUCCACAGCCCCAGAGCUAAGUGAUAACACCAGGUAUGACUUCUUCUCUCGGGUAGUCCCGCCUGACUCCUACCAAGCGCAAGCCAUGGUGGACAUUGUUACAGCACUGGGGUGGAAUUAUGUGUCAACACUGGCUUCUGAGGGCAACUAUGGAGAGAGUGGUGUGGAGGCCUUCACUCAGAUCUCAAGGGAGAUUGGUGGUGUUUGCAUUGCUCAAUCACAGAAAAUCCCACGUGAACCAAGACCUGGAGAAUUUGAAAAAAUUAUCAAACGCCUGCUAGAAACACCUAAUGCUCGGGCAGUGAUUAUGUUUGCCAAUGAAGAUGACAUCAGGAGGAUAUUGGAAGCAGCAAAAAAAUUAAACCAAAGUGGUCAUUUUCUCUGGAUUGGCUCAGAUAGUUGGGGAUCCAAAAUAGCACCUGUUUAUCAGCAGGAGGAGAUUGCAGAAGGAGCGGUGACGAUUUUGCCCAAAAGGGCAUCAAUUGAUGGGUUUGAUCGCUACUUUAGAAGCCGAACUCUUGCCAAUAAUCGAAGAAAUGUGUGGUUCGCAGAAUUUUGGGAGGAGAAUUUUGGAUGCAAGUUAGGAUCACAUGGAAAAAGGAACAGUCAUAUAAAGAAAUGCACAGGGCUGGAGAGAAUUGCGAGGGAUUCAUCUUAUGAACAGGAAGGAAAGGUCCAAUUUGUAAUUGAUGCAGUGUAUUCCAUGGCUUAUGCCCUGCACAACAUGCACAAAGAUCUCUGCCCUGGAUACAUUGGUCUCUGCCCACGAAUGAGUACGGUGGACGGGAAAGAGCUACUUGGUUACAUUCGGGCUGUCAAUUUCAAUGGUUGUGUGCUUCAUCAGUUUGAACCAUCUGAGCCUUUAAAGUUAUUUAUUCAACAGAUUGCUAAUGAAUGCCUACUCUGUACUAUCUUUAUUAGGAUCAUCACCAGCAGUGGCACGCAAAGGGCAGUCCCUGCCCUCAGGAGGAUGCAGUUCAGUGGGGCAAGCAGUUGUUUACAAAUAACUACAAAAUGUGAAGUAUUAGGGUGCUGACCUAGAGACUAUCUUGGGAGGAGGAGGGCACGGCUGAUCAGAUAGAGAAGUCGGUGACUUGAUGACAUCAUCACGAAAGUGGUGGUACUUAAACUGAGACCUGAAUUCUGAAAAGGACAAGAACCUAGGAAAAGCUAAUAUAAAAGUCUUAAGACAGAAAAGAGACUUUUUGUCACUACCAUGCUGAAUUCUUCUGUCAAUGGACUCAGAUCCUUUUUGCUAGAAAGUAUGUUACUUCCCCCAAAUUCUCAAAGUGGCACAUGUAGUGUAAACACUUAGUAGAAACUCAGGAAGGCCUCCCAGGGUGUAAGCAUGCGCUCUACGUGAGCUUGCACUCCAUUCCACUGAAGUUGGGAAGUACUGAUUUUAAACGUGUUUUCUUUAAAGUUCACACUGUGAACACGCUACUACUGAAGAGUGAAGAAAUAUUGUGUCUUGCAAAUAUUUCCCAGAUGAUAAUAUCAGUGGUUGGCAAGUAUGCUAUAGCAAACUCUAUCUGGUAAUGAUUAGUCACAUGUUAAUUUUCACAGCAAUUUCAACAACUGCUGUGAGCUUAUAUGGAAAGUAAACUGUCUGCACUCUGUGUCAUCAUUGAGUCCCAUGUGCCCAAGGAGAAAGAGGUUGGUUUGGAUGGAUCAGAUUUGAACUUUGAUGCUGUGUUCCUGGGUGGAGUCAUCCUCUGGCCAAAAGCAGUAAACAGGGCUCUCAGUGGAGGGUUCCCUGAAAGAGCAGUGAUAAUGAGGUGCUGGGAUGAUCUCUCUAAACAGGCCAGAGCCAUCUAGCUUUCAUUCUGUAGAUGUGUUUUCUUGCUAUUGACAAAAGAUCACCAUCCUGGUCUGAGAAGGAUAGGGGCAGGUUGGCCUCCUUCAAGGCAAACCAGACCUUGCUUGUGUAGCUGGUUCAUUUUCUCAACUAACAUAUGGACAAGGAUUCCUCCAUAUCAUAUUGUCUUCCCUAGUUUGUGAGGUUCCACCAUGGAGUUUGUGGCCAAAGUCACAGCUAAUAAUGCAGUCUAAUCUAAUCCAAUCCAAUCUAAUAAUAAUAAGUGACUUCUUUUGUAUACUUUAUUCAUGUUUCCUUGGAGGCCUUUAUAGGAGGAGGAUAGGUUAAGCCAAGGCAGACCUUGUGUAUUCCCAGUUUUCCUAUCCAAAUAAUCUCUUCAGUGCAAGUCCUUUAAAGAAUCUCAAACUAAAUUUAGGUUAAGAUAAAUUAAAAUACAUACACCCAUGCAUAAUGCAGACAUAGAUACAUGAUAUAGAAGGUUGUAGUAGAUAUAAGAAAUAUCCUUCUAACAUAAUGUUUAAUUUAUCUCUCUCCAUUGUAACAUAAACCAGGAAAUUAAGAACACAGCAAUAACAAAAAAUAAAGAAGCCUUACAAAACUGAGAAGUGGAGGAUGACUCUGUUGACUUUUUAAAAAAAUUUUUUAAAUGUUUUUAUUUAUUUUUGAGACAGAGAGAGACAGAGCAUGAGCAGGGGAGGGGCAGAGAGAAAGGGAGACACGGAAUCUGAAGCAGGGUCCAGGCUCUGAGCUGUCAGCACAGAGCCUGACGCAGGGCUUGAACUCACAGACCGUAAGAUCAUGACCUGAGCCGAAGUCAGAUGCUCAACCAACUGAGCCACCCAGGUGCUCCAUACUCUGUUGACUUUUAAAGUUGUAGUAAAGUAUAACUCCUGGAUUUAAAAUCUGAGUUUUGUAUUUUAUUCAAUAGCAUUUUUCUUAUUUCUCCUGAAAUUUCCAGUGGAAAAAUAGGCUAAUAGAAAUACUAACAUUUAUUGAGUCCUUAUGAUGUGCCAGGCAUAUUUUUAAGCAUCUUUUGUGUAUUACCCCAUUUAAUCCUCAAAAUAAUCUGAUGAAGUAGGAACAAUUUUUAUCCCUAUUUCUGCAGAUGAGGAAACUGAAGUAUAGGCUCUAGUUUACUUACCAAGUAAAGUGGUACAGCCAGGACUUGAGCCCUGGGAGACUUACUUAGCCUAGAGGUGCAUGGCUAAUGACUGUGGUGGUUAUGGUAAUUACUAUGGUAACCACCUGUAAUGAUAACUGCUAUUGUAGAAACAGAGGGAAACUUAUUAGUGAAAAAACUGUGUAUUUAAAAGAAAAAAACAAAGAACAUUUAUAGUUUCAAUAGAACAGUGGGGCUCAUGGAGUCAGAUUAGUUCUCUGUGGCUAUGCAGGUGAUGUGAGACAAAAUGAAAACUGACUGAAGGAAAACCAAAACCAAAAAAGGUCAUUUCUGGGACCCCUGGCUGGCUCAGUUGGUACAGCAGGUGACUCUUGAUCUUGGGGUUGUGAGUUCAAGCCCCGCAUUGGUGGAGAUUACAUUAAAAAAUAAAUUAAAAACCAACAAACGUUGUUUCCAAGAGUUGGAAGACAAUGAAUAAAAUAAAUGUGAAGUCAAGGUAAAUCUUUUGGAAGUUCAUUACAGUCAUUUAUGAGUCUUGGAUAUUAGCAUCCAUGACUUUACUGAGGCUGAGAAAUGGGCAUUAAGUUUCCUUCCAGCCCAGUAAUUUUUACCUAAUAAGCUUCAUUGCUGUAAAAUGUACAUACAAUAAAGCCAACUAGUUUUAAGUGUACAAUUUGAUGUGUUUUUUAUGAAUGAAUACAAUUAGAUAACCACCCCCACAAUCAUGUUAUUGAACAUAUUCAUCACUCUUGAUGGUCCUUCCUGCCUCUUUCAUUUCGUCCCUCCCUGGAAACCACUGAUCUGCUUUCUGUCAGUAUAUUUUUGCCUUUUCAAAAAUCAAUACGAAUGGAAUUAUACAUUUUGCAAUUUUUGUAUCUGGCUUCUUCUACUUAGCAUAAAGCUUUUGCAAUUUACCUGCGUUGUGUCUGUCAAUAGUUCAUUGCCUUUUUUUUCAUGAAUAUAUCACAAUUUGUAUUUCAAUUAACUGGUGGAUGGAAUCUGGAUUAUUUUCAGCUUCCUCCAUUAUGAAUAAAGCUUCUACAAACACACAAGUACAACUUUUGUGUGGACAUAUGCUUUUGUUUCUCCUGGGUACAUAGU